AUGGGUAACAGUCAGUUGCUGCAGUCGGAGACCCACAGCUCGAACCCCACCGGCUUGGUUCAGCAGCGUUACACAGCCUGCUAUCCAGGACCGUCGCACCACACACAGGGCUCUAACACUGACGGCCAGCCUUCACGCCUGGCCGCAGGGGAACGCAGCCAACCGAACCGAUCCCAGCCACCAGAGAACCAAUCCGAAUCUGCCCUUCGGCAGUUCUUUGAGCGUGUCUCAUCCGAGCUGAGCUACCCUCUGCUGUUCUGCUCCUGCCUUGACCAAGCAUGUGCCGAGCGCCGUCGCCGCACCAUCGUCCCAUCCUGCUCCCACCAGGAAAGACACAAACCCAGCUGCCUGGAACUGCGACACACUUGCCGCUCCGAUGCCCUUUGCAGGUCUCGUCUCGCUGAUUUCCACAUGAACUGCCAGAUGACGUCUCAAACAGUCACCAGUUGCCCUUAUGACAACUACAUUGGCUGCCUCAUGUCCUACAUUGGUCUCAUUGGCUCAGACGUAACACCAAACUACAGUGACAACAGCCCAACCAACAUCACCAUCAGCCUGUGGUGCACCUGCAGGGGCACAGGUCAUCAGGAGCCAGACUGUGAGGCCUUCCAUAGGGACUUCACUCAUAACACUUGCCUCAGCUCAGACGUAACACCAAACUACAGUGACAACAGCCCAACCAACAUCACCAUCAGCCUGUGGUGCACCUGCAGGGGCACAGGUCAUCAGGAGCCAGACUGUGAGGCCUUCCAUAGGGACUUCACUCAUAACACUUGCCUCAAAAAUGCCAUUGUGUCAUUUGGUUAUGGAUCUGAAGGAGCAGCUCCUCCUGUAACUGAGCCACCAUUCUCUCUCCUCCCUCCUGCCCAGCCACCCAUCAUCUCCAAACUGGGUCCAUCUCUACACGGAAAGGCCAUCAAGCCCAUGGACACAGCCUGUAUGUUCUCCACCUGUGCAGACCUGCAGGAUGGCGGUCCGAAGUGCAUGCCCUCUGAUGAUUAUGAGUGUGAGGAGACCCUGUUGGCCCAGGGAUCAAUAGAAUCCCUCGAUUCUGUGGGACCCACAAGCAGCAGCCGGGAAUCAGCUCCACUACUCCACCAUAUUUCUGUCAUUGCGUGCGUCUCCUCCCUGCCAGCACUUCUAUAUUUCCUGUUUUAAACCUGAACUCACACACAUACAUGCAUACCCACAAACACAUGCUUACAAUCCAUGAUGUCAAGCAACAGAUGUCCAAGCCUCCGCCGUGACCUUUCUGAAGAGACAAUCUGGAGAACUAUCAGAUGAACCAUCUUUCAGCACAGCACAGUCACACACAAGCAUGGGAGAAUGGAAGCAGCUGGACUUUGUGUGUGAUUAAGAAAGGGAAUAAUAACAGAACUGAGAGGCUCCGGGGGACUCUGUAUUACAGCAACUCCAUUUUCAGUGCUCUGUCUCUUCAGGGUGUGUUUUUGUUUUUCAAACUCAAACUAAUUUACUCAGGCUGAGGAUCUGAGACAGCUGGGCUGAUACACACUGGAAACAAGUGCACACACUCAAAUACACACUCAGUUUGAUCUGCAGUGCUAAAUUUGGCAUAUUGAGAGAGGGUGGAAAGAUAAAGGAAGGACAGCAUAGACAGACCCUUCAAUAAGUUUUGUCGUGUCAAAACAUACAAACAACACACACUUGCACCCACAGACUACUUUACCCUUCCCUUUAGACCAGGGGUCUGCAACCUAUGGCUCCGGGGCCGCAAAUGGCUCUUAAGAGGCUCUGCAAAGGCUCUUCAUCUCUUUGGCUAAUUUUUUUGAAUAGAUUUACUAAAAGUAUGCAUGGUUUAGCAUUUUCUCUACUGUCAAAUUGCAUAAAAUUUCAAUAUUUCCAAAAAUAUCAGCAAUC